GGGGAGCACGCCUCAGGUUUACUGGCUUAUCCCGUAGGAAAGGAUACGGUUCAGGACACAGAUGAGCAGCCGGAUGGAGAGGCGAGGCACAGGGGCCGAGGUCCAGAAGGGUCCCAAGCGCAAGAGAUUCUGUCCCCGUGGAGUUGGGCUGCCACCUUCCUGGCACAUGGAAAAGCCCGUGUCACCCAAAUCUGGAGCCUUGAGGAGCCCUCCCAAAGGAUUUGAUACGACUGCCAUUAACAAAAGCUAUUAUAAUGUGGUGCUACAGAAUAUUUUGGAAACAGAAAAUGAAUAUUCUAAAGAACUUCAGACUGUGCUUUCAACCUAUCUACGGCCACUGCAGACCACUGAGAAGUUAAGUUCAGCAAACACUUCAUAUUUAAUGGGAAAUCUAGAAGAAAUAUGUUCUUUCCAGCAAAUGCUUGUACAGUCUUUAGAAGAAUGUACCAAGAAUCCUGGACUUGUGCACAGGUCCUGGCGUCUGGACGCUGGAGAAAAGGAUGGGCUUGGUUGGCUGCUUUAUGGCAGAACGGCUUCCGAGGCAGGUCCCUCCCGCCGCUGGCUCGUGGUCGGAGCACAUACCGUCUGGGACUGGAUGCCUGAAGCUCAGCAGAGAGUCGGAGGCUGCUUUUUAAACCUGAUGCCACAGAUGAAGACCUUGUACCUCGCGUACUGUGCCAACCACCCGUCUGCAGUGAGCGUCCUCACGGAGCACAGUGAAGAGCUGGGCGAGUUCAUGGAGAUGAAGGGCGCCGGCAGCCCAGGCAUUCUCGUGCUGACCACCGGCCUCAGCAAGCCGUUCAUGCGCCUGGACAAGUACCCUGCGCUGCUCAAGGAGCUGGAGAGACACAUGGAGGAUUAUCAUCCCGAUAGACAAGAUAUUCAAAAAUCCAUGACUGCCUUCAAAAACCUUUCAGCGCAGUGUCAGGAAGUACGGAAAAGGAAGGAGCUGGAGCUGCAGAUCCUGACGGAAGCCAUCCGGAGCUGGGAGGGGGAUGACAUUAAGACCCUGGGCAACGUCAUUUAUAUGUCCCAGGUCCUGAUUCAGUGCGCUGGGAGCGAGGAAAAGAAUGAACGAUAUCUUCUGCUCUUCCCAAAUAUUUUGCUAAUGUUGUCUGCCAGUCCUAGGAUGAGUGGUUUUAUAUACCAGGGAAAGCUACCAACGACAGGAAUGACAAUCACAAAGCUUGAGGACAGUGAAAAUCAUAGAAAUGCAUUUGAAAUAUCAGGGAGCAUGAUUGAGCGGAUCGUAGUGUCCUGCAGCAGCCAGCAGGACCUCCACGAGUGGGUGGACCGUCUGCAGAAGCAGACGAGGGUCACCUCUGCGGGAAACCCCACCGUGAAGCCCCACUCCGUGCCGUCUCACACCCUCCCCUCCCACUCCAUCGCCCCGUCCAGCAAGCAUGCGGACAGCAAGCCCGUGCCACUGACGCCCGCCUACCACACGCUGCCUCACCCCUCCCACCACGGCACUCCACACACCACCAUCAACUGGGGGCCCUUGGAGCCUCCGAAGACCCCCAAGCCCUGGAGCCUGAGCUGCCUGCGACCCGCACCCCCUCUCCGGCCCUCGGCUGCUCUCUGCUACAAGGAGGAUCUCAGCAAGAGUCCCAAGACCAUGAAGAAGCUGCUCCCCAAGCGCAAGCCUGAGCGGAAGCCUUCGGACGAGGAGUUCGCGCUGAGGAAAAGCACGGCUGCGCUGGAGGAGGAUGCCCAGAUUCUGAAGGUCAUCGAGGCUUACUGCACCAGCGCCAAGACGCGGCAGACGCUCAACUCAACGUGGCAAGGCACUGACCUGAUGCAUAAUCACGUCUUGGCUGAUGACGACCAGUCAAGCCUAGACUCCCUGGGUCGUCGCAGCAGCCUUUCCCGCUUGGAGCCUUCAGACCUCUCGGAAGACUCUGACUAUGACAGUAUAUGGACAGCCCAUAGUUACAGGAUGGGUUCUACAUCUCGUUCACGCAAAGAAUCUGCGCCACAAGUUUUGCUUCCAGAAGAAGAGAAAAUUAUAGUUGAAGAAACUAAAAGUAACGGUCAGACAGUGAUAGAAGAAAAGAGUCUCGUCGACACCGUGUAUGCACUAAAGGAUGAAGUCCAGGAGUUACGACAGGAUAACAAGAAAAUGAAGAAAUCUCUGGAGGAGGAGCAGAGAGCCCGCAAAGACCUGGAAAAGCUGGUGAGGAAGGUUCUAAAGAACAUGAACGAUCCCGCUUGGGAUGAGACCAACCUCUAAGGAACGUCCUGGGUUCCUUCUCGAAGACCGGUUACGAGACCAAGCUGGAGCCCCGUGACCACAACCGAGUGACUCUCAGGACCUCAGAGCAGGGCUGCACGGAAGCCCUCUUGCCUUCUGUGCGUAGAAGAGCUGCAGCUGAUCACGGCCGUGGCGUUCCUGAAGAACCAGCGUGAGGUAUAGACGCCGAGGCCGGACUGUGCUGCCUUCCUCUCAACAUCUCAGUACCUCAUUUUGCAAUAAGUGCAGUGACUGCGUCUGGUCUUUCAGGCUUUGAUUGAAUAUAUAUAAAUGUUAUAUAUACGUUGCCUGUACAUGCUCCAUUCUGAAUGCGUAUCCGUGGUUGUUGUGUCUGGGCUGAUGCCUGUGCUGCAGUCUCCCUCCACUAACCUCUCUGGUCCCGUGUGCUGGGACGCGUGCUCACACACUCGUGGAAAGCAGAGUCUGGAGAGCGCACAGGUGUUUCUGGGAGAUGCCUGCUCUGUUCUCCGCCACCGCAGUGCUCCAAAAACGCCUCCCACCGCAGUCUGCCUAAACAACUCACCUUGUUCGUACCUGCGAGACACCUUCAUCCCGCUGGAGAGUCUCCUGGUGAAGCGGUAUCGCGGUCACUGGCGUGCGGCACUCUGGCUGAACUCGGGGGUCUGGGCCUCAGCCCCGAACCCGAGGAAUCGCGUCUGCCGCCACUGCGUCCAGCAACAGGUGUGCACGCGUCCGCUUCUUGUGAACACCUGAGCGUCGGAGAGUAUCCGGCCCGCUGGGGGGGACUGACGUGUAGGCUGGUUUAAUAAGUUGGCCGGGUGCACUGUUUUGUCCUCCCCCCCGAGAGAGCAAGCUCACGAGAGCCUGUAAAUAAAGUGUGUUAUUUAUUCCACGUCGCUGCAGCCCGCGAGGGUGAGCUGUCCUGCGGGUGGGGUUUCGGUGUGAGGCCGGUCUAACCCCGAGACCUGCUCUCCCGUUGGGUGCAGCAGGCAGGCCUUCCGUGCUCGCUGGAAAGGCAGUGUUUCCACUGCUUCAGCAAGAGUGAAGCAAUAUACACCUGAGAUUGCCCUAAGGCGUGGGAGCUGAGACGUGCCCCCCCCCACCCCGUCCCAUCUCCACCCCGGUGUCCAGACGGCGGGGGCCACAGAGGAGGAAGCCUGUCGUGUCCGCAGCCCCGGGCGGGAAGCCCGGCCUCGGGUCCAGCGGAUUCCCGUGCUCUGCCCCCUGCUCUUCUGAAGAGCCCGUUUUUAAAGUGAGAUAAUCUUUUACAGAGAACAAGUGUCGUAUCUUUAAAAACCAGAAUCCCAGCACCUUGCGUCGGAGACGUCUCAGAAAUGCCCACGUGGCACCAGAUGUGACUCUCUGAGCUGUGCCCUUUCAGUGCAUCGGACUGUCUGAUGUCCCCGAGCUGGGCGGCGUGGUCCCCACGGUCCUCGGCCCGCGGCCUCUCAGGCUCCCCGGCUCGGCCGUUACCUGCUCAGCGGCUGUGCCUGGGGCCCGACGUCGACCUGCCCACACUCGGCCUUGCUACGAGAAUUGCCAACUUCCUGUACUUAGCGUUGUGUUCAUUAGUGCUAGGGCCAGAAAAGAUUGUCUCUCGGGUGCUUCGGGAAGCCCUGUUUCUCCAGUAGUAUCUUUCGAUGAUGCGUGAGACGUUGCAGUGGAGAACAGUCCGGUUCGAGUGUACUGAAGUUCGCUGUCUCGAGCAAAUUCUAACUCAGGAACCAUUCAUCACCUGAUCUCUCCAGCACUUUGUGACGGCAGCGUUGCGGCCGGCAUCCUGGGACGGGGCUCUUGCAGAACCUGCCUUACCUAUUGGUUUUAGCACCCCUUCUCCUGAAGGGGUGGCCGUUGACAUGCUUGUGUAAUGCAUUUUACCUUUUCUUCCCGUGGAUCCAAGGUUUGACUAAGCUUUUGAGGGAGCAGAGAGGAGGCGUCUGAGCAGCUCUUUCUAAAAACCUGCCCUGUCGUGAAUGGACGGCACCCGUUGCUCCGUGUGACCUUCUGAGGGGCUGGGGCGGGGGGAAAGGGGACGUCAGGAAGGGGCCACCUGCCUGCCGGAGUCACCUCUGCUCCCACCUUUUGUGGAUGAGGAGACGAAGCCAUUGCCUCGCCUGGGACAGGAAGCGCUUGGAGGCGAGCGCGGCCCUGGGACGCGCUCUGCGGUGGGACGUGCCGGCCCGCGUGCGCCUCCGCUGUGGACUCCCGAGCCCGCCCCCCCCCCCGCCCCGCCCUCAUUUCUCGGACACGCGGAGUCCCCGUUCACAGCUGUGGGGACACUUCACGAAAUGCCACAGGCGGUGUCCUGGCCUUGACUACUCAUGCUACAUUGUUGUAAUUAUUAAACUAUUUUUCUUAUGUUACA